AUGAAUUCGGUCGAACUCAAAGUGGGUGUACUCUUACCUUUUCAUCAAAAUAACGACGAAAAGACUCGUAUUAUGACAAAGAGUGGUAUAUCCGCUAUACGUUUAGCUGUCGCAGAAAUUAAUGCACGAAACUUGAUUCCUGGUGCUUACAUCACAUUAGUAGAAAAAGACUCUUAUCCAAAAGCAGUGGAAGGACAAGCAGCCAUCACACAAGCAGUAUUCUCAGCCAUCUCAUUGAUCCAAGAAGGCGUUGUAGGUGUGAUUGGAGAUAUUUCUUCUUCAUGGACUUCUUUAUCAGCACUCAUGACAAGUACCUUACAAAUCCCUCAAUGCUCAUUUUCUGCUAUUGCAACUUCAUUAUCCGAUAAGUCCCAAUUUGGCUAUUUCUUCAGAACAGUACCUACCAACCUGUUGUAUUCAGAUGCUGCGAUUCGUUUUAUUAUUAGUCAAGGCUGGCCUCAAGUGGGCAUUUUGUAUUCAGAUGAUGAUUUUGGCCAACAAUUGUCCGAGAAUAUUGUAUUAAAAGCACGUUUAAACGGCAUUCAAGUUAAAUCAUACCAAUCCUUUUAUGAUAAUGGUCCCCAAAGUGAUAUUCAAAAAUCAUUGGAUACGUUCAUGUCUACGGGUGCUCAUAUUAUCUUGGUGGCUGCACAAGGAGAUGCACAAACAGCUGUCAUGACCGUGGCUGCUCAUCGGGGCUACAUGAAUAACAACAAUGUCUGGAUCACCAUGGAUACAGACGCACAUACAUUAUACUCAGCAGUCCAAGACUACAAUUCAAUUCUGGAGAAGCGAGCCAAUCAUAUCAAUGUGGUGCCGGAACAACAAAACAUGACUCGGGCUCUCAAGUCUACCAUAGAUCCUGUAACAUAUGCAGCAAGAGCAGCGACUGAUUUAAAUCCUAUUGAUUAUCAUGCAUCGUUUUCGGGUGGUAUUUUCUUACUUGAUAUCCUCAAGAAUUUAACGGGAUAUGAUCCCUUUGACCAAUUUAUUGAUAAAUGGUCUCAUUUAGAUCCUACAAUGUAA